AUGGAUGUGGCUGAGAGCCCUGAACGGGACCCUCGCUCUCCAGAGGACGAAGAAGAGGAGCAUCAAGGGCUCUCAGAAGAUGACAUUCUGAGAGAAAGUGGGUCAGAUCAGGAUUUGGACAAAGCUGCAGGGAAGGCUUCUGAUUUGGAGGAUGAGGAAAAUGCUGUCCUGGGACUGAGUCAGGAGGAAGAGGAAAGUCGCUCUGAUGAAGAGGAUCAGGACCAGGACUCUGAGCCUCAGGAGCUGAACAGGGGCCCUACGAGCCCCCCUCAUGCAGAGGAAGGAGAUGGGGGGGAAGAAGACCGCACAAGUGACCUGAGGGACGAGGCCUCCUCGGUCACCAGGGAACUGGAUGAGCAUGAGUUAGACUAUGAUGAGGAGGUUCCUGAAGAGCCAGCCCCCGCUGGGCAGGAGGAUGAAGCAGAAAAGGCUGGGGCAGAAGAUGAUGAGGAGAAGGGAGAAGGAGCUCCCGAGGAGGAGGGAAAGGCUGAUGUCCACAGUGUGGAAGAAAAGGAGCCCCUGGAGGCUGCCAAGGAGAAAAAAAAAGAGGAUGACGAUGGAGAGAUUGAUGAUGGGGAGAUUGACGAUGAUGAUCUGGAAGAGGGCGAAGUAAAGGACCCCAGUGACAGGAAGGUGAGGCCUCGUCCCACCUGCCGAUUCUUCAUGAAAGAUGUUGUGACACCAUUAUCCACUCUUCUUCCACCAAUAUCAAAUUCCAUACCAUUCAGAGACCAGGUUAAAGGGAACUGUACCUGGGGAAUGAAUUGUAGGUUUAUACACCCUGGAGUCAACGACAAGGGCAACUACUCCCUAAUCACCAAAGCCGAACCUUUCCCGCCUAAUGGUGCCCCACCUCUCGGACCUCACCCACUGAUGCCUGCCAACCCUUGGGGUGGGCCAGUAGUUGAUGAAAUUUUGCCUCCACCCCCUCCAGAACCUCCCACAGAGAGUGCCUGGGAACGAGGACUUCGUCAUGCAAAGGAGGUUUUAAAAAAAGCAACCAUUCGAAAAGAACAGGAGCCUGAUUUUGAAGAGAAAAGGUUUACUGUGACCAUUGGUGAAGAUGAACGGGAGUUUGACAAAGAAAAUGAAGUUUUCCGAGAUUGGAAUUAUCGGAUUACAAGAGAUGUCAGAGACACAGUACUUGAACCUUAUGCAGAUCCUUAUUAUGACUAUGAAAUAGACCGGUUCUGGCGUGGCGGGCAGUAUGAGAAUUUCAGGGUGCAAUAUACAGAAACAGAACCGUACCAGAAUUACCGGGAACGGGAAAGGGAAAGAGAGCGAGAGAACAGACAGCGAGAGCGCGAGCGGGAGCGAGACCGAGAACGAGAACGAGAGCGCCGGCAGCGGGAGCGGGAGCGGGAGCGGGAGCGAGAGCGCGACAAGGAGCGGCAGCGGAGGAAAGAAGAGUGGGAGCGAGAGCGAGCCAAGCGGGAUGAGAAGGACAGACAGCACAGAGACCGAGACAGAGAGAAAGAGCGGGAGAAGGAAAAGGAGAAGCCAAAGCCCCGCUCCCCACAGCCACCAAGCCGACAAACUGAGCCACCAAAGAAGGAGGCAGUCUCCACUGGGCCACAGGUGAAGCGAGCAGAUGAGUGGAAAGACCCUUGGCGCCGGUCCAAGUCUCCAAAGAAGAAACUUGGAGUAUCGGUCUCCCCUAGCCGUGCACGAAGGCAUAGAAAAACAUCAGCCUCAUCGGCCUCUGCCUCCAAUUCCUCCAGGUCGUCUUCACGGUCCUCCUCCUACUCUGGCUCUGGUUCGUCCAGGUCUCGGUCCCGGUCCUCAUCCUACAGCUCCUACUCUAGCCGGUCUUCCAGACACAGCUCCUUCUCAGGCAGCCGGUCCAGGUCCCGGUCCUUUUCCUCAUCCCCGUCUCCCUCUCCAACACCUUCUCCACACAGACCUGUCAGAACCAAGGGGGAGCCAGCUCUGCCUCCCGGGAAAGCAGGAGAGAAGAUGGUAAAGAAGCCAGCCCCACCUCCAGCCCCACCACAGGCCCCCAAGACCACUGCCCCCACCCCUGAGCCUGCCAAGCCGGGAGACCCUCGGGAAGCCAGGAGGAGGGAACGCCAAGCCAGGACCCCUCCCAGGAGGCGGACCAUCAGUGGCAGUGGCAGCGGCAGCAGCUACAGCGGCUCUAGUUCCAGAUCCAGGUCCCUGAGUGUGAGCAGUGUCUCCUCAGUGUCCAGCGCUACAUCAAGCAGCAGCUCGGUGCACACCGUGGACUCGGACGACAUGUAUGCAGACCUGGCCAGCCCUGUGUCCUCAGCCAGCUCACGGUCCCCCACCCCAGCCCAGACCAAGAAGGAGAAAGGAAAAUCUAAAAAAGAAGACGGCGUUAAAGAGGAUAAACGGAAAAGGGACUCAUCCACACAGCCACCCAAAUCCUCAAAAUCUUCCACAGGCAAUAAAUCCUCCCAGCAGCCCACAGCCCCUCAGCAGGCACCCUCUGGGCAGCCCCAGCAGGGUGCUUUUGUGGCACACAAGGAGAUCAAGUUGACACUGCUGAACAAGGCCGCUGAUAAAGGGAGCAGAAAGCGAUAUGAGCCCUCAGACAAGGACAGGCUAAGCCCUCCUCCAGCCAAGCGGGCCAACUUAUCCCCAGACCGAGGUUCUCGGGACCGGAAGUCAGGUGGGAGAUUGGGCUCUCCCAAGCCAGAACGGCAGAGAGGCCAGAAUUCCAAGGCUCCUGUGGCCCUGCCAGACAGGAAGCGUCAACUGUCGCCCCAGUCCAAGAGCUCCAGCAAGGUCACAAGUGUGCCUGGUAAAGCCUCAGACGCCGGCACCGCCGCCUCCGCGGGCACCAAAUCAGGGAAGGCCAGCACGCUGUCGAGGCGGGAGGAGCUCCUAAAACAACUCAAAGCCGUGGAGGACGCCAUUGCUCGCAAGCGGGCCAAGAUUCCCGGGAAAGUAUAA